AUGGCCUUACAUUGUCUUUCCACCUCCCACGACGACCCAUACUCACUCACCUUCAUCACAGCAACAAGGACUCUGGCUAUGGGCAUCAAAUUCACUGCACCCAAGACCGUGGUGUCUGCAUCCGAACACAGACUGAUUCGGUGCCAAGGAGGUCCUGAUCCUCGGCGACGGCAUCCUCCUUCCGGAUGGAACAUCGUAGACGACCUGCGCAGCUCGACAGAUACGCUGGAAGAGAGGCAGGCCGUGACACUCCUGGGCAAGGGUGCCCUCAGUAUGUGGUAUGAUCCAAAGACCGAGAAGGAUGCAGACACACUGGUGCGGCUCAAACAAACGAGGCAGGAGCUCGACUCUCGAGUGAGGACCUACAGAGGCUUGCAUCACGGCACGGUUCAUGUCAAUCCCGCCACCAUUCCGGAGGAUCUACAGGAGACGGGCGCGGAAACAGUCGAGCUCACUUGGAAAGACACUCCCGAGUAUACCGAAUGCUCUGAUGGCUCUACCGCGGCCCGCUUCAAGCGGACUCCCGAGUGGGCCACGGCGCCCGGACUGAGGGGCUCCCGCGUCAUCUGGCUGAUGACGGGCAUGAGGGAUGCCGUGGGGCAGCACACACAGGGCUCCUCCAUGCUUGAUGCCAGCGGCGUGUCCACGUUCGAAGGGGCCAUCUACCACUUGCCGCUUGUGGUCACGGAGACUGCAUCAUCUGUGGUGUCUGCUGGGCAGCAGAGAAACCAGCAGCAGAAACCGAGGAGCGUGCGGUAUGAUCAGGCGGACAUACAAGGGUGA